AUGAAUUUUGGGGUUCAGGAGGUGCGAGUUCGGCAAAACCAUCAGCAUAGCGACUCGCGGCUGUUUCAGCCCUCGUCACUCAAGCGAAAGAAUCUUAAGCAACUCACGUUGGGGAGAAACUCGCCAUUCGGUGGGCCUGGAACGAGUGACGGUGUGAGUCCGGCUUCGGUGUUGAAAAACAGCGGCGUGGGGGCGUUGAGUGUGCCCGCUACGAACCGUGUAGUUAGCUCAGCCAUGUCGCCUGGUGGAUUGCUCCAGCAGCCGAGCCCCACGACGUCGGAUCUGUCGUCUGCCGGGGUGACACCUACAGACGAGGCGGUGAAGGAGCUGGGCUCGGAUCUGGAGAAUCUGUCGAUACUGAAAGACAGCUCGAUCGAACUCCAGGAUCUGGUACAGCUAGGGAAGAUCGGAUCCGGCAAUUCGGGCACCGUGUUGAAGACGCUGCACGUACCCGACUCGCGGGUCAUCGCCAAGAAGUCAAUUCCUGUGGAGAACAAGACGCUGGUGAAAAACCAACUGAUGCGGGAGCUUUCCAUCAUGCAAAACGUGAAGCCUCACGAUCACAUUGUUGGGUUUUUUGGGGCGUUCUAUACUGCUUCCACCACGAACGAGAUCAUCAUUCUUAUGGAAUACAUGGAUUGUGGGUCGCUGGAUAAGAUAAUGUCGACGUACAAAGCAUUUGUAAGACGAGGAUCCCUCGAAGCCUCUGCAAAUUGGUUUACAGAGCCGGUUUUAGCCAGAAUUUCUCAUUCCAUACUGGAUGGGUUGUCUUACCUGUAUCGCGAGUACAAGAUUAUCCACAGGGACAUCAAACCUUCCAAUGUGCUGAUCAAUAGUAAGGGCAGCGUGAAAAUCUGUGACUUUGGAGUCUCCAAAAAGCUGAUUAACUCUAUUGCAGACACGUUUGUCGGUACAUCCACAUAUAUGUCUCCAGAACGAAUACAAGGCAACGUGUACACGACAAAAGGCGAUGUUUGGUCACUGGGUCUCAUGAUAAUAGAGCUUGUAACCGGUGAGUUUCCGCUGGGAGGGCAUUCAGAUACCCCGGAGGGUAUUCUUGACCUUUUGCAAAGGAUUGUGAAUGAGCCUCCACCCCGACUUCCACCUGGCCUCCCAUGUUCCCGCGAAAUAGUGGAUUUCGUAAACAGAUGUUGUCUCAAGGAUGAGAAGGAACGACCCUCUCUGCAAGAGUUAUUGUGUCACGACUUUAUCGUAAGGGGUCGGUCGCAGGGAGACCGGGACUUUAGACAUUGGUGCAAGCGCAUAAAGAAGAGACUGAAAGAAGACAAAAUGCUCAAUCGAGAGGAAAAAGAGCGUGCUAAACUGGUUAAGCGCCAGCUGGAAAGCGCGGCUAACGCGGCCACUGCAGCCCGGCAUCGAUAG